CACUGAGAUUUUUGAUUGAUGAGUAUCUGCCACGGGACAAAGAAGCACCUCUCCUCUCCCUUCCAUAAAGUCUCCUCAGCUUAACCUUCACCUCCUCUUCUUCUUCCUCCUCUUUCUUGCUUUUAGCUUUACUGGGUCUCAUUAGUUUGGUGCUUUGAUCUUCAUAUCCCAUCUGGGUUUUGCUCGUCUGAGCUGAUUCUUGCUGUCCUUUGAGCAGAAAAGUUUCGAUUUUUGAGCUCUUGGUGGGGGUUCGGGUUACUGGGUCUGCUGUGGAUGGUAAGCGGGUCUGGUUGGUGUUAGGGUUUUCCAAGGGAUGGGGGCAGUCGUGGAAGCCGCCGGUGGAGUAGGGAAAGUGGAGCCGUGGGACAAGGUGAAGAAGGAGAGGAGGAAGAAGAAGAAGAAGGAGAAAGAGAGAGGACACGAUGAGGAUGAUGGGAGUAUUGGGGAAGAGAUUGGUUGUUGGGACAAGUUCAGGUUCAUUGGGAGCUGCAUUUCUUCAAGAUCCAAAGUUGAUAGCUCUGUCAGUGGCAGCAGUGCUAAUUAUGUUGAAAGCAAAUCUGCAAACGACAUUAGUAGGGAUCAACCUACUGCUCCUGUUGUAUCAUCUACUACAACCAGCAAUGCAGAGAGUAACUCAUCCACUUCCAGACUUGAAGAGGAGCUUAGAAUAGCUUCACGGCUGCGGAAGUUUACCUUCAAUGAUCUUAAGCUCGCGACGAGAAAUUUUAGGCCCGAAAGUCUUCUUGGAGAAGGCGGUUUUGGGUGCGUGUUCAAGGGAUGGAUCGAAGAGAAUGGAACUGCUCCAGUGAAACCGGGGACAGGGCUUACCGUUGCUGUCAAGACCUUAAAUCACGAUGGGCUUCAGGGACACAAAGAAUGGCUGGCUGAGGUGAAUUAUCUUGGCGAUCUUGUGCAUCCUAAUUUAGUUAAGCUGAUUGGUUACUGCAUUGAAGAUGAUCAGCGUUUACUUGUAUAUGAGUUCAUGCCACGGGGCAGCUUGGAGAACCACCUUUUUAGAAGGGCCCUUCCUCUCCCGUGGUCCAUCAGAAUGAAAAUUGCACUAGGGGCUGCAAAAGGUCUUGCUUUUCUUCAUGAAGAAGCAGAACGGCCCGUCAUAUACCGUGAUUUCAAGACUUCAAACAUUCUUCUGGACGCGGACUAUAAUGCAAAGCUCUCAGAUUUUGGACUCGCCAAGGAUGGGCCUGAGGGAGAUAAGACCCACGUCUCAACCCGGGUCAUGGGAACUUAUGGUUAUGCAGCCCCAGAGUAUGUGAUGACAGGGCAUCUCACGUCGAAGAGCGAUGUCUACAGUUUCGGAGUUGUGCUGCUUGAAAUGCUAACGGGGAGACGGUCCAUGGACAAGAACCGGCCCAAUGGGGAACACAACCUCGUCGAGUGGGCCAGGCCACACCUUGGAGAGAGGAGAAGAUUCUACCGGUUGAUUGACCCUCGCCUUGAGGGCCAUUUCUCGAUAAAGGGGGCACAGAAAGCUGCCCAGCUUGCGGCCCACUGCUUGAGCAGAGAUCCGAAAUCCCGGCCCCUCAUGAGCGAAGUCGUCGAAGCUCUGAAGCCCCUCCCAAACCUCAAGGACAUGGCGAGCUCGUCUUACUAUUUCCAAACCAUGCAGGCAGACCGAGUCGGUUUAAGCCCGAAUUCCAGGAAUGGUGUACGGGCCCAGGGUGGGCCUUUCAUGAGGAACGGGCAGUCUCACCGGAGCCUCUCCAUUCCGAACAACUCACACGCAUCUCCAUAUAACAAUCAAUACCCGAUUCGUUCACCUGUACCCAGUGGCAAACCCUAACAUCGCUGGGCCAGCGACCCUUACCAGUUAAUGUUCAACUGAUUUUUCGGGUAUCUAUUUUCUCUUCUCUUGUUUUGUUUUUGUAGUCCUUUGUUCAGUAUAGAAGUAUCUGCUGUUGAAAUUAUUCGCCAUCGGAUUUGCUGAAACGGGGUCGAGCGGAAAGAAGAGACUUGCUCGUAUGUUUUGUAUUUAGAGAAUGAUGAUGAGCUCUCAGUUGGGUUUUACUCCUCAUGCUACUUAGAAUUACUCAAAAAAAUAUCAUUCCAUCAUUACUCCCCUUAAAUUUUAAUUUUUCACUUCAUUCA